AUGGAAGAUGAAAUAUUCAGGGGAAAUGAAGAGGCAGAAGGAAACGACAUGUCCCAGCCGCUUCUCUGUGGCCACAACGACGCGACCAGGCAAGGCCUCGACCGUCAGGGAAGUAAAACCGACAUCCUCGCAGGACGGCUGGUAUUAAAGAAGAUUGACCGGACCAUCAUCCCUCUCUUGUUUGUCACAUACAUGUUCAACUUCAUGGAUAAAAUCAUCCUCUCGAGUGCUGCUGUGUUUGGGCUGCGCGAAGACACGAACCUCCAAGGCCAACAAUACAGCUGGGUCGGCAGCAUCUUCUACGUCGGGUACCUGAUUUGGACUUACCCUACGACCAUCCUCAUCGCCCGCCUUCCCACUGGCAAGUAUCUGACCGCCAACACCAUGUUCUGGGGCACCGCUGUCGCUCUCACGGCCACGUGUUACAACUUUGAAGGGCUCAUGGUGGUGCGGUUUCUGUUAGGCAUAGCGGAGGCGACGAUUACGCCGGGCUUCAUGUUCCUAACUUCGACUUGGUAUACCCGCGACGAGAUGCCCACGCGAGUUGGCAUCUGGUUCGCUGGUAACGCUGUCGGUGGACUGGUCGCGAGUUUGUUUGCCUUCGCGAUUGGACACCUUGACAAUAGCAGCAUUAGUCCAUGGCGGUGGAUGUACCUCAUCCUGGGCAUCGCAACUUUCCUCUGGGCGAUUCCGAUGUUCUUCUUCCUUCCAGAUACCAUCUCGGAAGCCAAGUUCCUGACUCCCAAGGAGAGACGGAUUGCUACUGAGCGGACCCUUACCGCUGGCACCGGGAGCACCGAGAACGCUCACUGGAAGUGGGAUCAAGUCCAGGAGUGCCUCAAAGAUCCCAAGACAUGGCUCAUCUUCGGCAUUGAGCUGUUGACGCAGAUACCCAAUGGCGGAUCUCAGAGCUUUGCGAACAUUGUCGUCAAGUCAUUUGGAUUCACCAGCCUACAGUCCACGCUCAUCAACAUCCCGUACUCGUUACUCUCGGCGGCCUUCAUUGCGGGGAGCGGUUAUCUCGCGGGCCGGUUUCGCACACUAAAUUGUCUCUUGAUCAUCACUGUCAUCUUGCCAUGUCUUCUUGGCAGUGCCAUCAUUUACAACCGCAGCGAAGUUCCUCAUGGAGUUCACCUUUUUGCCUACUUCCUCCUCUCGAGCGGAUCUGCGGCGAUGCCCCUCAACAUGGCACUUGUACAGUCCAACUACCGCGGUGUCACCAAGAAAAUGACGAUAACAGCUAUUCUGUUCCUGGCUUAUUGCAGCGGGAACAUGGCUGGACCGCACUUCUUCCGCAAGGAUGAAGCCCCGCUGUACCAGACUGCCUUCAAAACGAUAAUGAUAAGCUAUAGCCUGGCAAUCACCUGUGCUUUGAUCUUGAGGGUACAUCUCCAACUUCUCAAUGCGAAAAGGACUCGAGAGGAGGGGUUUUCAGGGAGUGCAGGGUCAGCAGGAGCGGUUGGCCGAGAGCAUGCUGAUGGUGACAUUGGUGGAAGACCUGGAACUGCGUCAGAUGCAGGGGUACAUUUAUCGCUGCAUGACCAGGACGCGACGGACUGGCAAACACCCGGUUUCAGGUACAGAUUAUAG